GAUCAUGUUUUAGCAUUUACCAAUCUAUGAUUAAAUAUUUUUUUUACGAUUUUUCUCAACAGUUGCAUUUAGAAAUAAUUAUAUAGGUACUAGGUAGUUAUUAUUAAAGUUAGAUUCUCCAAAACGACUACCGUAUAAUAUACAUUUUUUUUUUUACAAUACCGUAUAAUGGAAACAGUAAAAACAGUAUCAUGUCCGUGGAACUUAGAUACCUAUUUUGGGCGAUGGAUGUAUUAUUCUUGGAUUACAAAUCCAAAAUUGAAUUUCGUCACUUCUUCUAUGAUUGAAGAAGCCAAAUUAAUACGCUUCUCUUAUUUAAAUGGGUCAAUUUCAAAUGAUAUGACUGAUACAAGACUGUUAUACGAACAUCAAAUCUACGAAAAUGCAAUUCACCCACACACGAAUGAAGUACAAAACAUUUUUGGACGAUUGUCAUUUAUGCCAAUCGGAAAAGCGUUCUUAGUUGCUGUUUUACUAACUCAACUAACAAAGAAUUCUUCCAGCUAUGUUUGGCAUGGUCUUAAUCAAUCAUAUGAUUCAUUAGUAAAUUUUACCAACCGUAACGGAGAUACCAAAUUCAUUCCAACUACUCAAUUUAGAUACGGAAUAUCUGUCUUGGCUGCCACAGUAACAUCGACUCUUGCUGCAUUUCACAUUGAAAGAUUUCUCCUUAGCAAGAUAUGUCAUCCAAUACUUUAUCGGUUCGUUCCACUGAUAACAUUUGCGGGUGGCAGUUUUAUAAAUGUCCCAAUAAUGAGACAUCAAGAAAUCAUAGAGGGUGUGAGAAUAUACGACUGCAAUAAAGAAAAAGUUGGGUAUUCAAAAUUUGCUGGAUUAAAAGGUAUAGGAGAAACCAUAGUUACUAGAAUUGUAAUGCUCGCUCCAGGUGUAGUUUUAAUUCAUUACUUAGAAAACGUUUUGGAUAAUAAAAGCUGCUGGUUUAGAAAAAAUAAAUGGGCACAUUUUCCUUUUAAAUCAAUUGGAUUUGGAAUUAUACUCAUUGGUAUGCUGCCAACGGCAUGUGCUAUAUUUCCACAAUUUAGUUCUAUUCAAUUGUGUACAUUAAAGCGAUUUGAUAAAGAAGCUUACAAUCAAGUUACAGAAAAAUCUACUGAACAUACAGAUACAUUAUACUUCAAUAAAGGACUUUAGUCUUUGGCUAAAAAUUAAUCAUGAAGAUUAUAUAAUGAUAAAUAAAUGCACAUAGAACAUAGAAAUAAUUAGUUUUACAUAACUGAAUAUAUAAUUACAAAAAAAUAUUUUAUUACUGAAAAAUAAAUACAUGUCUAACAUAAUUAUUA